AUGGAGAAACCAACGACACACUACGAGAAUGAUGACGCCAGUUCCCCUGUGUCCGGGGGCAAGUACGACUUGGAAUGUUCAGUGCAACUCGAAACCAAAGAUGAGAAUCCAUUGACCGAAGACCACCGACAGUAUUUGCUCGAGCGCCAUGGGACGGUGGACCUCGACCCGAUGCCAGAUAUGACGGACGCGGACCCCUAUAACUGGCCGACCUGGAAGAAAUCCCUCAAUCUGGUAAUGGUCGCGUUCCAUGCGAUGAUGGCGACCUUCACCGCGGCUGCGAUUCAGUCCGCCUUCGGGGAUAUAGCAGAAGACCUCGGCGUCAGCGUUCACCGAGCAAGCUACUUGACCUCCCUGGUCAUUGCGGUCCUGGGUGCUGCUCCUCUUAUCUGGAUGCCACUCUCGAAUCGAUACGGACGACGGCCCAUCUUCCUCCUGUCCCUGAUAUGCAGUCUGGUCGGCAACGUGGGCUGUGCGAAGAGCUACUCCUAUGCAACCAUGGGGUUAUGUAGGGCCAUCACCGGCUUCUUCAUCAGCCCCCCGGCAGCAAUUGGCAGUGCAGUGGUGGCCGAGACCUUUUUCAAGAAGGACCGGGCUCGAUGCAUGGGUGUAUGGGCCGUCAUGGUCACCGUGGGGGUGCCACUAGCGCCCUUGAUCUUUGGCUUCGUUGCCAUUCGGGUUGGAUACCGAUGGAUAUACUGGACGCUAGCUAUUACGAACGGUGUUCAAUUUUUGCUGUACCUCGCCUUUGGCUCCGAAUCCCUCUAUAUCCGCGGCGACACUGCAAAGGGCCCCGACUCUUUGCUGCACCGAUUCUUUUCCUUCAAACGGAUUGAUCCGACUCCCCUCAAAGUAUGGGAUUUCAUUCAGCCCCUGGCAAUGGCCGCCCGUCCUUGUGUGAUGGUUCCCACCGCGGUAUAUGCCAUGGUCUUUCUCCUCGCAAGCAUCUUCCCCUCGCUCGAGAUCCCUCAACUGUACCCGGAGAUGUUUGGUCUGGACACCGAACAGGUUGGGCUCCAAUACAUAGCAAUGAUCGUUGGCUCGAUAAUCGGGGACCAGAUCGGAGGAGUCAUCUCAGAUCGAUGGAUGUUGUACCGAGCGAAAAGAACAAACCGCCCCGUUGCCCCCGAGCAUCGACUCUGGCUGAGCUACCCCGGCCUGAUCAUGGCUAUAGUGGGCAUAAUUGUCUUCCUCGUUCAGCUCAAUAACGCUUCGUCUCACUGGACGAUAACCCCGCUGCUUGGCGUUGCCAUCGCGGCCGUCGGGAACCAAAUCAUCACCACCGUCAAUAUCACUUACGCCGUGGACUGUUAUCGAUCGGAAGCGGCUAGCGUUGGGGUCUUCAUUACCUUUGUCCGUCAGAUCUGGGGCUUUAUCGGCCCUUUUUGGUGA